UCGUAAUCGCAAAUGGAGACAUACAGUACAUACAGUGUACAGUGUACAGCUUAGAAAUGUUUCCUUGUGGAAGUCUACUCAUUUGCCGAUCAAUUCAGGCUUGGUCUUGGAUAAUUUCAGUCAGUAAUUCACAUAUACGACCGUGCCAUAAUAAUGCGCAAAGACCUUUUAUUUUGGGUAUAGAAACAAGUUGUGAUGAUAGUGCGUCCGCUAUCGUCAGCAGUGAUGGACAAAUUCUUGGUGAAUAUAUUCAUUCACAGCAGAUUAGUCAUUUAAGGUUUGGUGGAAUUAUACCGCCAGUGGCGCAAGACUUUCAUCGUAAACAUAUUGAAAAUGUCGUGUCGCAGACGUUCAAGAACGCGAAUCUUUCAUGCAAUGAAAUUGAUGCGAUUGCGGUAACAAAUAGACCAGGCUUACCGCUGAGUCUACUGGUUGGUGUACGGUAUGCUAAAUUUCUGGCAAGAAAACAUAAUAAACCAAUUAUUCCAAUUCAUCAUAUGCAAGCACAUGCGUUAAUGGCUAGAAUGACCAGUGAUAUUCCAUACCCCUAUUUAUGUAUAUUGUUAAGCGGUGGACACGCUCUAUUAACACUAGUGAAAAGCGCCUGUGAGUUUUAUCUGUUAGGCCAAACAUUGGAUGAUGCUCCCGGAGAAGCACUAGAUAAAAUAGCUCGCCGCUUAAAACUCAGAAAUUUACCACGAUAUAAUUGCAUUUCCGGAGGCGCAGCUAUUGAAUUGGCAGCUGCAAGAGGUCAAGUUUCUGCAAAAUAUCCUUUUCCAUUACCUUUAUCACAGUACAGAGAUUGCCAAUUUAGUUUUGCAGGUCUCAAAAAUGCUGCUACCAGACAAAUAGCAUUAGAGGAACAAUUUUUAGAUUUAGCUCCAGACGCUGUGCUGCCAGACUACGAAAACUUCUGCGCUAAUUAUUUAAACGCGGUCACUCGUCAUAUUUCCCAACGAGCCAAGAGAGCGAUGCUUUUUGUUGAAAAAGAAUCACUUAUACACCCAAAAGAUCAAAAGAUUUUGGUUAUUUCAGGAGGAGUAGCUAGAAAUGAUGCUAUUUUCAAUGGUGUUUCAGAAAUGGCAUCUACGAUGAGUUUUAAAACGGUUCGCCCAGAAAAAAAUCUUUGUAAUGAUAAUGGUACAAUGAUUGCCUGGAAUGGCAUGGAAACCUUCCUCGAACAACGAAACUUAACUGUAUCCUACGAUAAUAUUGAUAUUUUUAGUAAAGCAUCUAUUGGAUUCGACAUGAUUGAAAAAGUGAAAAACAAAAAUAUAAGUACUAAAUAAAUAGCAACGAGCACGUUGUACCAAAAUUAAAAUACAUGUAUAGGGUGAACCAACCAACGGUUGAAAGCUCCAUCAAAUAGUAAAUAAAUAAAUAAAUACAUAUAUAUAUAUAAUGUACCCCGAGGCAAGUGGGAAUACGGGGUAAAGG